CAGUAUUUCUUUACAUCUGUGCAUGGAGAAUCGAUUGGCCUUUUUCGGUCUUUAUUUUGUCUUUUGGGACAAUGAAUUUUUUUUAAGGCAUUGGAGAUUUUUAGGUUUCUGCUCCUCUUGCAGCUCUCCAGAGCCUAAAUAUUAUAGUCAGUAUAUACAUUUAAUAAUUUGUAUUUGUACUUGUAUUUGGAUUUGUUUUUGGCAUCCGUCUGUCUAGAUAAUUUAAGAGCGCACUAUCAGGAGUGAAGUCAAACUGCUGGAGAGUUAAAGCACCUGCUGUGGCUGUAGAGACAGAUACAGGAGAGACAUGUUUUAUUACAGGUGUUCCAGGAUGUGGCUGCUGGUUAUCAUGAUGGUUGUACAAGGCACUGUGAAUCCAGUAGAGUCCACGAGCAAAACAGAAGUGAAUCCUGAAGUAUAUAUGAAUAUUAGUGAAAAAAUCCGGUACUGGGGGUAUCCUUCUGAAGAAUACGAAGUUAUUACAAAGGAUGGCUACUUCCUGAGCCUAAACAGAAUUCCAGGAGGCUCAAAAGCUGCUAUAUUGCUGGUUCAUGGUUUGACCUUGGAAGGCAGCGACUGGAUAGCAAAUCCGCCUCAUCAGAGCCUGGGUUUCAUACUAGCAGAUGCCGGAUAUGAUGUCUGGAUUGGAAACAACAGGGGAAACUCUUGGUCGAGAAGACACCAAUCCCUUACCAUUGAAGAAGAAGCAUUUUGGGAUUUCAGUUUUCAUGAAAUGGGCAUCUAUGACCUUCCUGCCAUGACAGACUUUAUUCUGCAGAAAACCGGACGGGAUAAAAUCUACUGUGGUGGCCAUGCUCAGGGAUCCACCAUAGCUUUGGUUGCAUUUUCUGUAAUCCCUCAAAUGUCUGAAAAAAUAAAGAUGUUUUUUGUCAUGGGGCCAGCAUACACACUCCACUUCAGUAUUAGUCCCAUUAUACAACUGCUGCGUAUGCCUAGCACAUUGCUCAAGAUUAUAUUUGGCACGAAAGAAUUCUGCCUGCUGAGUCCCAAACUCAAAGAACUUUUGGCUCCAAAGUGCAGCUGCCGACCGGUUGAUAUAAUCUGCAAACAAGCUCUUUUACUUAUCAGUGGAUUCAACGAGAAAAAUCUAAAUGAGAGCCGUACUGAUGUGUACACAUCAAUAUUCCCGGAUUAUACUUCUGUGAAAAAUAUCAUCCACUGGAACCAGUCUGGUAGAACUGGGGAAUUCAGAUACUUCGAUUAUGGCCCAAAGAACAUAGAUAAGUACAAUCAGACAACUCCACCCUUCUACAGGAUAGAAGAGAUCACAGUCCCAAUUGCGAUGUGGAGCGGAGGACAAGACUGGAUUUGCAGGCCAAAGGAAGUUGCGCAAUUGCGGUCUCGAAUCCCUCACCUUGUUCACUAUAAGGAGUAUCCAGACUGGAACCACUGGGACUUCAUUUGGGGCAUUGAUGCUCAUCAGAGGAUGUACAUGGAAAUCCUUGACCUGAUGCAGAAAUAGCUGUGGGAUUUCUCUUUUGUUGUGCAGGGCUUUUCUUCAAUACAGGGUCUUGCAUACUGCUGCAUUAUGGAAUUUAUUUAUUGCAAAUUUAACCUGCACAGCAAAUUUUAAUUAAGGUUUAAUUGGAAAACCAGAGAAUUGUUGUUUUAUGUUAAUUAAAAGCAACCUCCCCCAUAUUUUUAAGAAGGUCUAAGGCCCAUAGCUACCAAGUUAUCCCUUUUUAAAAGGGAUUUUCCCUUAUGCUGAAUAGGCUUCCUCGCGAGAAAAGGGAAAACUUGGCAGCUAUGCUAAGGCCAUGUGCAAGGAGAAGACUCUUCAAGGUCCAAACACAUAUGGGCAAACCAUUUGGAAUGCAGCUUUUGUCAACAAUAUGUUUCAAGGCUUUGGAAAAUAGCAUCUGUGUUCAUGUGAGAUAAUGCUUUGUUUGUAUGGAAAUGUUGCAAAAGCAUAAAAGAUUGAGUCAUU